GGGUGAAGGAGGCGAAGGGAACGGCCUUCUGUCGCCAAGCGCAGCGCAGUCGGGGCCUCUUAGCUGCCAUGGCGACUGGUUUGUGACUGCUUUGGCCUUCUGUAGACCGGCCCUCACUGAAGCCUCUUGAUCUCCGGCUACGCUAGUUGGUAGUGUUCGUGAUUGGAUCCGUCCCUCGCCGCUGAAAGGAUCGUCGCUAUGGCCUCACGCAGCGCUGGGACCCUCCUCACUCAAAACAACGCGGUCUAUGUGCCGCCGGGGCUCAUGCCUGGGUACCGUGGCCAUGUCCCUAAUGUAGCCUUUUCCUUUGGUGACACCUAUGGAAAUACCACCAUGAAAUAUUUUCAAGACUUCCGAAAUGCUGCAAUGGAAACCAGCUAUAGUCCCUACAGCAAAGGGGGGCAGUUCCCAACUCUUUUCUCCCGUGACCCAUCUCUCGUGAUUGGGGAAAGGGCAAGAGGCUGGGAUCGAUGGCUACAUACCCCUAAUUACUCUCGUUUCAGUUUGGAUAUGAACCGCUCAGAAGAACUGCAAGAGUUCUACAAGCAGGCUGUUGCAUUAGUUCAGAAGUUACCACAUGUUCUCCCUUCAGGGAAGCCUUCUGCACUUUCUAGGCUGCUAGGAACUGUUGCAGUCUGCCAUGAGAACUCCUGUGCUGUUUAAGCUAUUUUUUAUGGAGCAAGAACCUCUCUUUUUUUGCAUUUUUUUUCUCCUUCAUCAAUCACAAGAAAGCUUGCAUUUCUUGAGAAAACUCAACAGAAUCUUAGUCAACUUGCCAGCAAUCAGUAUUCUUAACUGUCUUCAUCUGGGUCAUCCCACUAGCUGAAUCAAUUCUUUGCCUGACAUUCUCUUCUUCAGUUUGCUAUUGAGAAGCUCAUAAGGGCAUUUCCAUUCUAACUUUAUGAUACUUUUAUCAUAAGACCAUGCCCUGUGAUUCUAGUCCUCAGUCUUUGUUAUUUUUUUAAUAUACUUUAUUAAGUUUCUGCAAAAAAAUAAAAUAUUAAAAAAACCAAGGAAAUUAAAAAUAUAUUUAAAAAGGAAAAAAUAAUAUACCGAUCUUGAGCACAGUUGCAAGUAUAAAGUUGUAUGGGAAAAGUACAGGGUUUGCGCAUAAAUAACCUUGUCUGACCAUAGGUGUUGAUAACUGCCUUUUUGAAUACAGAAAGGUGUGCUAAGUAGAUUUAUUAUUUAUAAUCAAAUUAUAUGGCCAUCCAUUUCACAAUAA